CGAUUCUCCGAUUCAGUUUGUGGUCUUGGAUUAAUGGACUUUCAAAACUGUACUGCAGAACUGAUUUAAAACCGUCUCCAACUUGCUUAUAGAGCUGAAAUUUCAUGUUGGUGUUGAAGAAUGCAAGCCUUCAUUGCUUUGGGAUCCUCUUGCUUUCUUCCCAAUUCCAAUUACCCUCACCAAGCGAAGUGCAAAAAAAUUGUGCCUAUACCUCGUUGCAGCCUGAAAAAGCAGACAAGUAUAAGCCUUAGAACCCAUUGGCGUUCCAUUUCACUCUCACUUUUUGGUUCAGGUUUCUUCUUGGGUCCUCUUAUUGAUGGACUUCAUUCCAGGGUGAAUCUUGUGGUAUACCAAAAAGGGUCAAUCAAUAUUGGUCCUCUCCACACAAACAUCUGGGUUCCUUUCUUGCUUGGAUUGUUUUACUGCACUGUUGGGCUGCUUCAACUCUUCUUGGAUGAAAGGGCCUCAUCAAAGAAUUCAGAGGGGAGCCUAGAGAAAUCAGCCGUUUCGCUGAUAGCACUGGUGCUUUUUAUUGAAUUGAGUGCUGAACUUUAUAAAGCUGGAGUAGCAGACAAUGUCGAGGCCUACAUAUUAUUUGCAGCAGCAGAAUUCAUCUGGUUUUCCCUGGACAGGACAUGGCUUGGGUUCACCUUGGCAUGCAUUGUUGGUUUUGGCUGCCCACUGGCUGAGAUCCCUAUAAUGAAGUUCUUCCACCUUUGGUAUUAUCCACAAGCAAACAUAGAAAUAUUUGGUCAGGGGUUAGUCAGCUGGACAGUAACUUGCUAUUUUGUUUACACACCGUUUGUGAUCAGUUUAUCACGCUGGCUGAAAUCAAUUAUUGCUGCUACUGAUACAGACAAUAAGUCUGGCUAGGAAAACCUGUUUAGCCAGGACUUGUACCAUAACUUGAGCCAAAGUUUAAGAUAAGGCAACAAAGUCAAACCGAAAAGAAGAGCCUUUGAUGUAAUUAAUACGUUUAACUAUCGUAAAUGGAGCUGCAUUAGAAAAGCAUCUUAUGGAUCCAUUGAUAGAUUUGUAUUAUCAAUAAUAAUGAGCUAUGAUUGAUUUAAA